UCAGUUUGACACUUUCUUCUUUGAAAUCUGUCACUUAAUUGAGGAUCUUGCGGCGUGUGUCUUGCAGAAGAUUCGUGUCGCCCAAAAUGUCGAACUUAAAUUUAACCGUGCGCGUUCACCCCGUCGUCCUAUUUCAAAUAGUGGACGCCUUUGAACGUCGCAACGCAGACUCGCAUCGUGUGAUUGGUACUUUGCUCGGAACCGUGGACAAGGGCGUCAUUGAGGUUACAAACUGUUUCUGUGUACCACACAAGGAACAUGACGACCAAGUAGAAGCCGAACUCAGCUACGCCUUGGAUUUGUACGACCUGAACAAGCGAGUGAACCCGAACGAGAGCAUCGUUGGCUGGUGGGCUACAGGCAAUGAAGUGACCAACCACAGUUCCGUCAUCCACGAAUACUACGCCCGCGAAUGCAACAAUCCCAUCCAUUUGACUGUGGACACGUCGCUGCAAGGCGCCCGGAUGGGACUCAAGGCUUACUUGUGCGUCCAACUUGGAGUGCCCGGUGGCAAGAUGGGCUGCAUGUUCACCCCAAUCAAUGUCGAAGUGACUUGCUACGAACCGGAGGUUGUCGGACUGCAACUGUGCCAAAAGACCGUUGGCGUCUCGAACCCCAACCGGCCGAAAACAGUUUCCCCCAUGUUGGACUUGGCACAAAUUUCCGAAGCCUCUGUGAAGUUACAAGGACUCCUCGAGCAGAUGCUGGCAUACGUUGAGGAUGUCUUGGCCGAACGACAGCAACCAGAUAACGCCGUGGGACGCGCUAUCCUCGAUUUGAUUCACUCAGUACCGAACAUGUCGCCGGAACAAUUCAACCAAAUGUUCAACUCGAACAUUAAGGACCUUUUGAUGGUUGUAACUCUGUCACAACUGAUCAAAACGCAGCUGCAACUGAACGAGAAACUCACAUUCUUGUCGACAAACUAAGUAAAUGGAAUGGUGAUCGAUUAUUUUGCUGUAAAUCUAUUGUAAUUUUUUGAAUAAACUUGUUCGACAUGGAAUC